AUGAGUCACACAAACAAGAAUGUUGCAAGUGGCGGUGGAGGCUAUCAACAACAGCAGCAACAGCAACCAAACAUGUAUGCAUCGUCAUCAACUACUAUAAUACAUCUAUCCCUCUUCUCUACUAUUAUGCUCAACAGAUAUGAUAUUAGAUGUGAACAUAACAAUAUACUUUAUCUCGAUGAUGAUGAUGAUGACGAUCUAACACUUAUAUGCUUUACUUUUGUGUCUAGGGAUCCAAUGAUACAAUCAUUUCAAAAUAUGAUGAGUCCACCAGGAGGAAACAAUAGUGUUAGUGUUGGAAAUAGAAACAUGUAUGGUAGUGGUGGAAGUAACAGUAGUAGUAAUAGUGGAGAACAACAACAGAAUGUUUGGUUGGAAAAUAAUAAUGGUGGGCACGGUCCGAUUUAUGAUAUGGAUCAAACCCAACAACAACCCUAUGUUAUGUAUCAACAACAAAACAAUCAUGCUGCAUCUGUCCUACAACAACAACAGAAACAACCAUCACCACAAUCAUAUACUCAACAACAAAUACAACAAAUGCAACAAAUACAACAAAUGCAACAAAUGCAACAAAUUCAACAAAUGCAACAACAGCAACAACAACAACAACAACAAUAUGCGGCACAAUCACAAAAUCCAAACCAACCAAGAAUUCCCCAAAUUUAUACUCCAUAUCCAUCAUAUUCUCAAACAAAUUCAAGAACAAAACAAACUGCUGGAAGAAGAUAUCUCAACUCAUUUUUCAUGUCCGAGAGUUUGAGACAAGAUCUUUUAAAACAAAAGUCUUUACUCUACGCAACCUUGGAUCCAAAUGAUCCAAGAAUGAAAAAUAUUCCACCAAUACUUCAUAAAUAUCAUUCACUGUAUCCAUUGGAUAGCGAGACUUCACGCGAUAAGGUUGGUAUGAUGUUUGGAUACCCAACCUCUGUAUAUAAGGCAAUCAGUACAAACGACGGCUACCCAUACGCCAUUCGUCGUGUCGAGGGAUUCCGACUAUCGAGCGAGUUUGCUUUGCAAGCUGCCGACACUUGGAGAAAUAUUCAACAUCCAUCGAUUGUUUCAUUAAAAGAAAUAUUUGUUUCAAAAGAAUUUGGUGAUAAUAGUUCAAUAUUUUUUACAUAUGAAUUUCAUCCAGGAUCAGAAACAUUGGAAUCAAAAUAUUUGACACAGAAUGGUAGUGGAGGAAUAUUGAAUGAGGCAGUGUUGUGGAGCUUUAUUUGUCAGUUGACAUCGGCACUCAAGCUGAUCCAUAGUAAUGGGUUGGUGUGUCGUGUGAUCCAUCCAUCCAAGAUUUUGUUGACCGGUAAGAACAGGAUACGUAUCAACGGCGUGGGUAUCUUUGACGUGGUCAAUUUUGACACACCACGCAACUUGGCACAGUUCCAACACGAGGAUCUCGUGAUAUUUGGGAGACUGUUAUUGUCGUUGGCGUGUCGCUCGGCAGUGGCGUCGACCAACAAUAAUUUGAGCAAAUCGAUCGAGUUUAUCUCGUCGCAGUAUAGCAAGGAAUUCAAAAACCUUGUCAUCUUUUUGCUUAGCAAGCCGCAACCCAAUAUGCCACCCCCCACAAUCGACGACAUUGUCUCGAUGAUUGCGCCACGCUUGCUACAGGAAAACACCUAUCUUCACAGCUACACCGAUGAGCUCGAGACCGAGUUGACCAAAGAGAUUGAGAAUGGACGUCUCUUUAGACUCAUGGUCAAGCUCGGAUAUAUCAACGAGCGUCCCUCGUUUGACCUCGACCCUCGUUGGUCCGAGACUGGCGACCGCUACUUGCUCAAGCUGUUCCGCGACUAUGUCUUUCACCAGGUCUACGAUGAUGGUACCCCCGUCCUCGAUUUCUAUCACGUCAUUGACGCACUCAACAAACUCGAUAGCGGUGUCAAUGAAAAGAUCAUGCUCAUGAGCAGAGACGAACAAUCACUCCUCGUCGUCAGCUACAAAGAUCUCAAGAGAUGUACAGAUGGUGCUUUUGGUGAAUUGGUCAAUCAAAAACCACAUUAA